GGCAGCGCCCUGGGUCUGGGCUCGCGAUCCAGCUGCCGCGGAUUACACCGGCCGUAAGAAGUUGGGGUCUGCCCGGACGCGUGCUGGGCUCCUCCGGAACCAAGCCUCGGUCCCCUGCCUUUCCGGAGUCUCCGCGCCGGAAUAUCAGAUUUACAGAAUGACUAAUCAUUAACGGAAAGAGAAGUAUAAACCUACAUCUUUCACUAUGGAGGCAGGUUUGGCAGAUGGUGAACCUGACCGAACUUCGCUUCUUGGUGAUAGCAAAGAUGUCCUUGGGCCAUCAACUGUGGUAGCAAACAGUGAGGAAUCUCAACUUCUGACACCAGGAAAGAUGAGUCAGCGUCAAGGGAAAGAAGCUUAUCAAACACCAACCAAAGAUUUGUAUCAGCCAUCUUUUAGUCCAGCAAGUCCUCAUAGCCAGGGUUUUGAAAGAGGGAAGGAAGACAUUUCUCAAAAUAAAGAUGAAUCUUCACUCUCUAUGUCAAAGAGCAAGUCUGAAUCUAAACUUUAUAAUGGCUCGGAAAAGGACAGUUCAGCUUCAAGCAAGCUCACAAAAAAGGAAUCUCUCAAGGUACAAAAGAAGAAUUAUCGAGAAGAAAAGAAAAGAGCCACAAAGGAAUUACUCAGUACAAUCACAGAUCCUUCUGUCAUUGUUAUGGCUGAUUGGUUGAAGAUUCGUGGUACUUUAAAGAGCUGGACCAAGUUGUGGUGUGUGUUGAAACCUGGGGUAUUACUCAUCUAUAAAACGCAAAAAAAUGGUCAGUGGGUAGGAACAGUCCUUCUGAAUGCCUGUGAAAUCAUUGAGCGUCCAUCAAAAAAGGAUGGCUUUUGUUUCAAACUUUUCCAUCCUUUGGAGCAGUCUAUUUGGGCUGUUAAGGGUCCAAAAGGUGAAGCAGUUGGAUCUAUAACUCAGCCCUUGCCCAGUAGUUAUUUGAUCAUCCGAGCUACUUCAGAGUCAGAUGGAAGAUGCUGGAUGGAUGCUUUGGAGCUGGCCUUGAAGUGUUCUAGUCUUCUUAAACGUACAAUGAUCAGGGAAGGAAAAGAACAUGACCUGAGCAUUUCAUCAGAGAACACACAUGUCACUUUGUAUGGUUUGUUACGUGCUAACAAUCUCCAUAGUGGUGACAACUUCCAGUUAAACGACAAUGAAAUCGAACGGCAGCAUUUUAAGGACCAAGAUAUGUAUUCUGAUAAAUCUGAUAAGGAAAAUGAUCAAGAGCAUGAUGAGUCUGACAAUGAGGUAAUGGGGAAAAGUGAAGAAAGUGACACAGAUACAUCAGAGAGGCAAGAUGACUCCUAUAUUGAACCUGAGCCAGUUGAGCCUUUAAAGGAGACUACCUACACCGAAGAGAGCCAUGAAGAACUUGGGGAGGCAGGUGAAGCUUCUCAAACAGAAACUGUUUCUGAAGAAAACAAAAGCCUUAUCUGGACACUGCUGAAACAAGUUCGUCCUGGCAUGGACCUGUCCAGAGUAGUUCUGCCAACAUUUAUUUUGGAACCUCGUUCUUUUCUGGAUAAACUUUCAGAUUACUACUAUCAUGCAGAUUUCUUGUCUGAGGCUGCACUUGAAGAAAAUCCUUAUUUCCGUUUGAAGAAAGUAGUGAAAUGGUAUUUGUCAGGAUUUUAUAAAAAGCCAAAGGGACUAAAGAAACCUUACAAUCCUAUACUUGGUGAAACUUUCCGUUGCUUAUGGAUUCAUCCCAGAACAAACAGCAAAACCUUUUAUAUUGCCGAACAGGUGUCCCAUCAUCCACCAAUAUCUGCCUUUUAUGUUAGUAACCGAAAGGAUGGAUUUUGCCUUAGUGGUAGUAUCUUGGCUAAGUCCAAGUUCUAUGUAUAUAUUUCAGGAAAUUCACUGUCUGCAAUAUUAGAAGGAGAAGCUCGGUUAACGUUCUUGAAUAGAGGUGAAGAUUAUGUAAUGACAAUGCCAUAUGCUCAUUGUAAAGGAAUUCUUUAUGGCACAAUGACGCUAGAGCUUGGUGGAACUGUCAAUAUUACAUGUCAAAAAACUGGAUACAGUGCAGUACUUGAAUUCAAACUAAAGCCAUUUCUAGGUAGUAGUGACUGUGUUAAUCAAAUAUCAGGGAAACUUAAAUUGGGAAAAGAAGUCCUAGCUACAUUAGAAGGUCAUUGGGAUAGUGAAGUUUUUGUUAAUGAUAAAAAGACUGAUAAUUCAGAGGUUUUCUGGAAUCCAACACCAGACAUAAAGCAGUGGAGAUUAAUAAGGCACACUGUAAAAUUUGAAGAGCAGGGAGAUUUUGAAUCUGAGAAGCUCUGGCAGCGUGUAACUCGAGCCAUAAAUGCCAAAGACCAAACAGAAGCUACUCAAGAGAAGUAUGUUUUGGAAGAAACUCAAAGACAGUCUGCCAGAGAACGAAAAACAAAAAAUGAAGAGUGGGCUUGCAAGUUAUUUGAACUUGAUCCACUCACAGGAGAAUGGCAUUAUAAGUUUGCAGAUACUCGGCCAUGGGACCCUCUCAAUGACAUGAUACAGUUUGAAAAAGAUGGAGUUAUCCAGACCAAAGUAAAACAUCGCACUCCAAUGGUUAGUGUCCCCAAAAUGAAACAUAAGCCAACUAGACAACAGAAGAAAGUAGCAAAAGGUUAUUCCUCCCCUGAACCUGAUAUCCAGGACUCUUCUGGAAGUGAAGCUCAAUCAGUAAAACCAAGUACAAGAAGAAAGAAAGGUAUAGAACUGGGAGACAUUCAAAAUUCUAUCGAAUCUAUAAAGCAAACACAGGAAGAAAUUAAAAGAAAUAUUAUGGCUCUUCGAAAUCACCUAGUUUCAAGUACACCUGCCACGGAUUAUUUUCUGCAGCAAAAAGACUACUUCAUCAUUUUCCUCCUGAUUUUGCUUCAAGUCAUAAUAAACUUCAUGUUUAAGUAGAAAUUCUUUACAGUUGACUCAGAGAACUGGAAUAAUCAGAUUUGGCCUGGGACCAGUGUUCAAGUUGGUUUGGUCUUUAAAGCAUCACAAUAUUUCUAAAACAAAAAAACUUAGAGAUAAAUGUAGGGGUGUUGACCUUUCACACCUUUUACCCUUAACCUGAAACAAGAGCUAUUCUGUUUGACUAUUAAAGUGAGCUAUAUGUUAAGUGCCAGAAAAUUUCUAGCUUUUGUGAGAUUGUGUCUACAUGUGAGUAUAAUAAAUCCACAUGUAUACAUAUACUUGUGUUUUAUGCAUACCUGAUAGUAGUCUUUCUAUUUUAUAGUAUGUUCUGAGACUUAUCAUUAAUAUGUUAAUAACAAAAAUGCUGUCAAUAUUAUAAAUACAUGUAUGGUAAUCUAUUUUCUUCAUAAAAUAGGCACAAACAUUUUAUUGGUAAGGAGUGACAGAAUGGGAAAUGAUGAGAUAGACAUUUAAUAGUUCAGUUAACUGUACAGUUAAAAACAGUUGCAAAGCAUCCAGCUCAAUUGCUGUAGAAAUAUCAAGAGAAAAGUAUGGUCAAAAUUGAUAAUAUUGGGGGAAACAGGUGGCAUAUUACUUUUUUAAAAAGUUUACAUGUUUUUUUAACCCCUAGAAUUUAAUAUAGCUACACGUAUACAUGUAUGUAUGUGUAUAUCAAUAUAAAAAACUGGUAUGCAGCUGCUUGAUCUGUUGAUUAUCUCUUUCUGUAUAUUACCACCAGAAGCACUUGCUGAAAAAGUGUUGUCAGAAUUGAUUGCUAUCCUUUUAUUUCUUUUAAGUCAGCUGGUCCAAAUUCUAGAGAUGUUGAUAGGAAAUGCUAAUAAUUAAUGUCUUUUCAUAAUGAAAACUUAUUUUAGUAUUCAUUUAGACCCGAAUGUGUUCAGUGAGUAAAUAGAAUAGAAAAAAAAAUAUUUUACUCUAAAAGCCAAAAAAGAGAAAGGCAAUAAGACAUUUUGUGUGGUGGCAUUUAUGUGUACAUUAAAUUGGUUUCUUUGAAAUGUGCAAUAAGUUGAGCAUCAAAGAAAAGCAUCAAGUUCUGAAGUUCAAUUCUUGAUUGUCCUCCUUUGUUCUUGGUAACUUCAUUCUGUAGCAAGACCAUGCAUGGUUUCUAAGAUUCUUUUGUUCAGGCUCAGGCAAACUGGUCCCUAAGUUUUGUUUUUUAAUAUUUUAAUUUUACCUUUUACAUAUUUACAGUCCUCUAAAGCAAGUUUUGCAAGUGUGGUAAGCUUAGGAACAUGUUCCUAAAAUAUACUUUAGAAUCCUGAAAUGGUUAUUAAGGAAAGUGAGAGAAAAUAAUUGGUGUUGGCCAAUUUGCCUUUGACUAAAAGGAAACUGUGAGACGCUAAUAGUUAUAAUCAACUGUUUACAUCAUGAUAAAUAUAAAAUCAAGGAAUGGUUGCUGAAUUAUGAAAAUUGCAAGUGAUAUAAAGAGAUCCUGAAUUUUUCCUCCCUAACUGAUACAGCUUUUUUAACCAUAACCAUAUGUUUUCAGGAGUCCUUUUGGCAAACCAGUGCUGUAUCCUAUGUGUGUGAAAACAUUUUUUAAAUUGUUGAAAACAUAAGUAAGAUGUAGUUACACCCAGUAUUAAUACAGGUAUAAUAUGACCACAUUACAGUAGAUGGGGUUUUUGUUUGUUUCAUACUUAUAAUUUUUGUACCUUAUGUUGUCAGUUUUAUGCUCAACUGCCUAUUCGUUGAUAUAUUUGUAAAUAUUGUACAAUUAGAUCUUUUAAUGGUUCAAUUAGUAUUAACUUACAUUACAAAUAACUAGAUUGGCUAAUCACAGAAACCAUUCCAUCAUUAAACAUUGAAAACUUAAAAAUUUUUUGGUAGUCAAACUCCUCUGGGGCCUACUUUUGUUAGUUUCUUUGGUCUAUAACAGUGUUUAUUUGCAUGGGUAUCUUCCAAGACUGGAAAGGUAGUAUUUUCUUUAUUUAAAUGUUCCUUAUGGGGUUCUUGUUACCCAAGAGUCAAAACUACUUGAGCAGGGUUACUCAUGACAGUUUCUUUCAUACUAGAAUCAUAUAUCUACUCUAAUAGCCCUCUUGUACAUUUAGUUAUAUGGGAUCCUUUCUGUGAACUGAACACAAAACUCAGGAAUUGGUGGCUUAAUUUUAGAUCAGUGCUUAUAUUAGACUAGGUAGUAAGUGAAUUCUUUAAACACAUAAUUAAACCUUGUCUUUAGCCAUACAUGUAAAAUUGACUUUGAAUGUUCUCUACUUGAGAUUGAUCUUCCUUCCACACGUGGAUUCAUAAAAAUUGUGAUUUACAGUUCCCAGUUGUAAGUUUAUAAUGGUUUUUCUAGGAUUUAAGAUCUUAUGACCUUUAAAAUUUUAAGACCUUAGGAAUUUUUAAUUUGAUCAAGUUUAUUUUUUCACAUGAAAAUUCAGAUAAUUACAGACAUGUACAUUUCUGCUUUAGUUGUUAAAUGUACAACACCCUCAUUUAUACACCCAUUUAGUGAGAUGUAGCUGUCCGCUACAAAAAAAAUAGGACAUGAAAAAAAUAAGUUUCAGCAAUAGAUAUUUUAUUUGUAUUUCAUUUAAGUACUUUUUUUGUAUCGCUUAUAAAGGUACAGUUAAUCUCUGUCACCAUUCCAUUGAAAAAGUUGGCCUUGUAAACUAGAACUUUUAUUUAGUAUUCACGCAUUUGUGCCUUUUAAGAAAAUACUUUUUGUCAUUUUUAUGUUACAGAACUAUCUUAUUCAUAAAGUGUUUAUAGGCUUGUCAUAAAAGGGUCAUUUUUCUGUGUCACUUUAUUUCCUUUUAUAUAGUUAUAGUGUAUUUAAACAGUAAUACUGUACUUUUAUAAGGGUUUGUCUAUUUACUUAUUUCAAAUAUAUUCUUCACUCUCAGACUAUCAUUGAUGUAAACUUGUCAGGUUAUUCUAAGUAUUGUAAACAGUGCCUUUUCUAUGGAAUUCACACUGUUUUGGGGUGUCAACUUGUGCCAUAUACACACAAAAUUCUGUGGAAAGCAGUUUUAACUUUUUGAAGCAUAUCUUAACUAUUUAAGAACAAGUGUAUAAAACUCCAUUUUUUUUCCAGUGGUUAGCAUUUCUAGUGAACAAUGAAUAUAUUUUUGGCUCUUUUGUUGGACUUGGCAUUUUUGAUGAACCAUAUACGGCGCUAUAGAUUAUUUUGAAUUAUGUUAAAUGUACAAAAUAAGAUAAUAAAGUUACAUUUAUACCAGAUUUUCCAGUUUGAAACAAUGGGCGAAAACACAAAUCAUUAAGUUUACAUUUCAGCUUUGAUCUUAUUUGACUACAUGGAAAAAGAUGACUCUUUAAAAUGUAUAACCUGCCACUAUUAUGUAAUUUGGUUUCAUUUUGUUUAUCUAGAGUGUGAACUUAAUAUAUUCAGUUUACCUUUUGUUACUCUUAAUCUGUUUUGUUACAGUUUUUAAUUGAAGAUGGACUGUUAAAUUGUAUAGGCUCAGUGUCUCCUUACUAUGACUAACAUUUAGGAGAGCCACAAGAAACCCAUGACAAAAUGAAUGUGAAUAUACUUUCUAAAAUAUUUAGAAAAUUUUAACUUUCUGCAUUUAUCAUGUAAAAUUACUUUAGUAUACAAUAUUGAAAUUUAUUUAAAGAAAAAUGCCACAGACAUUUGAUGAGCCACAGAACUUAAGUUGAAAAAUGUUUUCACUUUUUAGCAUGCUAAGUAUACAUCUAAAUUAAAUGUCCUGUUUAAUGGCCAUUUACAAAUUCAAACACUACCACUGGUCAGUUUUGUAUAAUAGAAUAAAAGUAUGUUAUGUGCAGUGUAAGUAUAGCACACUGUCAAAUUCUUUUCUUUAAGGUGCAUAGUAAAUGUACAGAUAGUCAUAGGCUAUUGUUUUGUAAUGUACUACAUUUAUAAUCUAUUAUUCCUAACCUAUUAUAAAUGUUUGCAGAGGCAAAAGCAUUGAAUUUUUCUAAUGAUCUGUAAAAUUAUGCUGACUUCUACAAGUAGGUAUUCUAAAUAAAAUUUUAAAAAGAACAGACUGUGGCCAAAUGA